AAUACACACAUAUAUAUUUAAACAUAGGUUACAAUUCUAAGUAAAAUAAAGUAUAAUACUUCAAAUGUUUUUAAAAAAUGUUAAAUUUUAAGAUCUUUUUUAUAAUUGAGUUAUACUUACUAGUUUUCUGUAUUCAAAUAUAUGUUAUAACAGCGACUUCCGUUGAUUCCAGUUCAACUGAGGAAACUAAAUAUCUAAAAUGCACUUACUUAUUUAGUGCUUUAACUCACAUGAAAAUAACUCAACUAAUGUUAAAAAAUACAGAUUUAAAUUUGAUAAUCGCAAUAGUUAACGUAAGUAGAUAUGUCGAAAUUGUCAUUAAACAAAUAAGUACAUUAUAUGAAAAAAAUAAAAUGAAUAUUGGAUCCUUGUGGCUAUUAAAUCUUUAUUUAAGUAGCAUACUUGGACUUUCAACUAACUCCAAUAAUAUACUAGAUAUAGAUAGAGAUGAUAACCGGUAUAAAACUAUUGAAGACACUCAUGAUUAUGUUCUGCAAAUUUUACAACAAGAUGCUAUCAACUGUGAUAGGAAUAAUGUAUUCAAUAUUCAUAUAUUGGAGUUUGAACAUCAAAAUACAGAAUCAAUGACAAUUUUAGAUGCAAAUAUGUAUAAUAAUAUAAAAUAUAUACAAACAUUUAUAAAAAACAGAAAUAGUCCUAAAUUACUGAAUUCAGAUAAUUUACAAACAUUUACUAAAAAAGGCAUACUUAUGACAAGAUUAUCAAAGCAUAUAAGUUGCAUAGUUUUAUUCCAAUAUUUUUACGAUGUACAAGUUGAUUGGAGUUAUAAAAUGGCAAGAAAUUUUAAGAAAAUGUUAAAAAAAGCUAAUACUCUUCAAUGGUCAGGUGGAAAUUUUAAAUCCAUUAUAGAUUAUUAUGUAGUGUUCUUUAACUUCUUUAAGGUCAUUAUGUUAAGGUUGACUUGGAAACAUUUUUUGUACCUUCAACACCAAAAUAUCAAUGUCGUAGAAUAUCUUACAAAAGAAUGGUUAUUAAUAUUGAAUGAUUUUUCUCAGCUUACAUGUAUAGAAAAUGAUUCUGAUAUUGUUGAAAUUACAUUAAGUAUCAAUGAAUUCAUUAGUUAUAUUCCAAAAAAUAGAGACGGCUCAGUAGAUGAAGAUGAGUUUCCAAAUUAUAAAGAACAGUGUUAUUUAAAAUUAGAAUCCGAAUUGAAAAUUAUUCUGACCGAUAUUUGUGUUCCUUUGGAAUGUUAUGCAAUAGAGCCAUUGUUUUUGUUUGGUCAGGAACAGCCUAACGUAGCAAACAAACCACCUCAUAAUCACGAUGAACUUAAAACUGUAGAUUAUUACAGUUUACUCAAUGCAAAAAUGUUUCUUAAAAAUAUUAUACUAAAUACCAAAAAUAUUGAUUUAGAUGUGAUAAAAUCAUUUAUAAGUUACAUAAAAAAAAUAAGUUGUUCAAUAUGUAUGAAAACAUGACAAUUUGUUCAAACAAGGAUAACAAUAUAAAUCUGUUUUCUCACUUAUUCAACAUGUUAUAUUAUAGUAUAUAAGUAUAUAUUAUACAGUUAAAAGGAUGAAUGUUCUACUAUGUAUGACAUGUUGCAUGAUUAUUAUGUAUACAUAAAGGAAAUUGUGAAUGUUAAUAUAAAUACUGUAACUGUAAUUUAUAUAUUAAUUGAUAAAAAUUAAAAAUUGAAAGUUAAUUUAAUUAAUUUUAUUAAAAUAAAAUCUAUUUUUUGUUACAAAAAUUAAAUAUUUUAACGUGUUAUCAAUGUUUAAUUAUGAUAUAAAAAAAAAGCUCAUACCUAACUAAAAUUAUAACAUUUCUUAAAUUAUUAUAAUUGCAUUUUAUGUUACAAUUAUUAUUAGUAUUUUAAACUGUAUUUAUGGAUUUUUUACUAUAACAAAUUAAAUAGUUGAUAUUUUAAAAAUUUUAUUUCACCAUAAUUCACUGUUACAAUAAAUACCAAAAUUAACAGUGCUAAUUGACUUGAUGUUCUGUAUUAACCAAACACCAAGGAAGUCAGAUAUCUCUGACAGUAUGUAAUAUCACUAACAUAAUAAAACGAUGCGAUCUAUGAAAUUUUUUUUUUUUUUGUAAUAUCUCCCAGAAUAUGAUUACAAGGGUUUAUAAGAAUAUAGAAAAUGAUAAAAAAAUAUAGUGCAGUUUAUUUAUUAAUAUAAAAGGUUAUUGUGAAUAAAUAUUCUUUUAUAUCAAUAAUACCACGAAUACUUAUUAUUAGCUCCGUUUCAAUACACUCCAUGGUGGGAAGGAGUCACUUUAUAUUCCUACCUAGAGUAGUAUUCAAAAACCUCUAAAUGGGCUUGUGAUAACUCUAAAAAAUUCUAAUUUAAAAUUUUGAAAAUCAGUUGAAACCCAACUGGUUUAAUUAAGUCUGGUUGCGCUGUAGGAAGAUCCAAACAUAUCUAUUAUUCUACAGGCAAGUACAAAAACUCAAGGCCAUGUGAAUAUAAAUUGAGACUGGUCAAUAUAGUCGGUGAAACACCACGGGAAGUACAAUUCACUGGGUUUCUUUUGGUAGACAUAUAAGACAAAGACCUUAGACCUAAAAGCUUCCGCAUUACGACCCGAUAGGGAUUUCCCCAUGGGUCUUGGUCCACCAA